ACGCUUCCUCUGUCUUCUUCAGUCUUUCUCUUUGUGUGGCGUGCGGAAGUUACGCAAUAAUCGCGAUGCAUCCGUAAAUUUUACCUUCGAUUUUAAUCAUCUUUCUGCUCUCAACUCUAAACCCUACUGAAUAUGUUUCGCGACUUUCGUCGAUUUCAACCCAAAAAAAGGGGGAAAGAAGUAAUAAUAAUGAAGUGAAAAGAAGAAAAAUCUGUCCUUUUUCCUCUUCCGGAUUGGCGAUUGCAAAACAAUAGCAGGAACAGUAGAACCUUGAGUAAUUAUGGCUUCUUCUCAAAGCAAUUUGCAUCUUGAACCUGCGAAAAUCGAGCAGAUAAUUACUGAGUUCUUUGCCAAGAGUCUGCACAUUAUAAUCGAGUCGAGGUCUCCAUGUGUGUCUUCCCGGAAUUACAGCGGAGAACAGACCUUGUCAUCUCCGUCGUCGUCCUUGUCUUCUUCAUCGAGUGUCAGGCCGAGGGAUAAAUGGUUCAACUUAGCUCUUCGCGAUUGCCCAGAGGCAUUGGAGAACGUUGAUCUCUGGCGGCAGAGCAACCUCGAACCGAUGGUGAUCGAUGUGAUUUUGAUCCAGAGACAGACGGAUUGGGAUGCUCACCGCAGUUCUCCAAAACGGGAUCUUGUGACGAACCUCUCUGCGAAAGAGCGAUUUCCGACGAAUUGUUGGAAUUCUGACUAUCUGCAGGAGAUGAAGAGUGAAAAGAUUAUAGAGAGAUGGGUUGUGCAAUAUGAGAGUCGAAGAAGUAGGGAUUCUUCAAGCUCAGGGAGCAAGAGAACAGGCGGUACCAUUUCCCACUCGUUGUAUAAGAAAUCACUUAUACUGUUAAGGUCUUUGUAUCUGACUGUUAGGCUCUUACCUGCUUAUAAGCUCUUCAGAGAGCUCAAUUCCUCCGGCCAAAUCCGCUCAUUUAGCCUUGCACAUAGAGUGUGUUCCUUUGUUGAACCCUUCACGCGUGGAGAGGAAGCAGAAAUGCAGAAGUUCGUGUUUGUGCCCGUGGAUAUUUCUUGUGGAAGGCUUUCCCUUUCUGUUUCGUACUAUCCAACGCUUUCAACUGUAGGCUUGGAACCUUCAACGCCAUUGUCCCCUCAGUUCAUACCAGACUAUGUCGGGAGCCCAACAACUGAUCCUCUUAAAAGGUUCCCUUCUCCUCUAAUUGGAUUGACACCGCAUGGUUCUGCUGCAUUUGGACGACGGCAUAGUUGGAGUUUUGAUCUUUUUAAAGCUUAUGCACCUUCAGGAUCUCCUUUACCUUCACCCACUUACUCAGAACCUCAUGGAUUACCUUCUAACGUGAGUUCCAAUCGGCUCCCACCUUUGAGCUUACCUCGCCAGCCACCUGAAACUCCUAUUUCUCAUAAGAAUGCUAGUUUUGAUGAGUAUUGGCCGUCACCUACAAUGUCUCCAUCUCCUUCCCCAUCCCCGCCGACCUAUCCUGGUAGUCAUUUGUCCAAGGUUCUUCUACGCUCUGAAAGUGCUCCGGUCAGCAUACCUUCAGCUAAGCUUGGUAGGAGCCCAGGAGUACCCAACAGUCACAUCCUCCCUCCAUCUCCUUCCUCUAAAAACACAAGACCUGGUUCUUCUCAGACUGACAAUACUAGAGCUCCAAUGAGGUUCGGAGAGGUUCAAGGCAGCAGUACCGUUCAUAAGAUGUCCUCUUUCGGAAAAGAAGAGGCUGGGUAUCUGUCUGGAGCAAAGAUAUCAUCGAAUAGUUCACCUCGGAUUUCAUUUUCCAGGAGCUCCAGUAGAUUGUCUUUCCAGGAUGAUUUCGAUGAUUCUGAUUUUUGUCCAUUUGCAGUCGAUGACGAUGAUAUAGCGGAUCCACAUACCAGAACUGAAUCUUUUGAUGGAAAAGGAAAUCUCAAUGAACCGUUUGAAUCUGGAGGACUAUUGCCUGCCAAAAAAUCCCAAGAUGCUGCUGUUGGUGUUCUUGUACAGAUUCUAAAGACAGCUGCUCCUCUCCGCCAUGACUUCUCCAACUCAAUCAGAUCAUCGCAAGUCUCAAAGCCUGAAACCCAGAGCAAAAAUGUCCAAGAACCUGAGAAGCCCUCCAACUCGGAGGCAGGAGCAGUUCAGAAUGCUUCGUCCUAUGCAAGUCUCACGUCCUCUGGACUUCUCAUGUUGAAGACAACGGCAGAUGCUUUGGAAGAGCUCCGGAGUUACAGAGAAAUGAAGGAUUUGUUGCUUAGCCAAGGUAGUGGGUCACAGGCGUUAGCUGGUGAUGUUCCUGCAGCAGAAACCGUGAACAAAGGCACAAAGGGACUUUGAGCUCUUGUAGGCAUGGAUCCUUCAUUGCACAUGUCUAGUGUGUGCUUCCAGUUUUUUAUUCGUAUAGGAAUGAGGUUUGUUUGGCAUAAUGGCAUCCCACAAAUUUCCGUUCAACUGAUUUGUAAGAAAAUGUAUAUGCAAGCAUAGUAGAGUUCAUAGCUGGAUUGGUUCUUGUUUCAGUUCACCUCCUAUUAUGUAUAUAGGGCACUUAUCUCGUAAAUGACUGUCUGGCAGGUAAUGAUGUAUAUAGAAACAUGAAGGUUCACUUAUGGGUGAAUCUGGACUGGCAUAACCUUAUGAUAAUCCACCAUGUUUUU